AUGUCAUUUGCAAGUUGUAUCGCAUACUCGAUUAAGAAAGACAUUAAAGUUGAACUGGUGAGGCUUAAUGACUGGGGACAAGUUGUAGGCGACGACCUCCCCAAUUGGAACGAGCGCAACCUCCCCGAAAAAAAGGUGCUCAAGGGUAGGUACUGUCAUUUGGAGCCCUUGACAAUCGAAAAGCACGGAAGACAUCUUUUUGAAGCUUUUUCAAAAGUGAAUAACGAUAGCUUGUGGACUUAUCUUCCCUUGGAACCUUUCUGUGAUUAUGCGGUCUUCUCCGAGGUCUUCGGCAAGAAAUCCAACGCCAACGACGAAAUACAUUAUGCCAUCAUAAACCCGGAGUCUGGGCUGCCUAUUGGCACAAUAGCCUUGAUAAGGACCGAUAAUAGGAAUGGAAGCACAGAAAUUGGUUACGUAAUCUAUUCUCCACAGUUGCAACGAACUGUCAUGUCGUCUGAGGCUCAGUUCUUGUUGAUGAGAUAUGUCUUCAAUGAUUUGAAAUACCGAAGAUUGGAGUGGAAGUGCGACAGCUUGAAUGAGCCAUCCAAAAGGGCGGCAGAGCGGCUAGGAUUCCAUUUCGAGGGGACCUUCAGAAAUGCUUUAGUUUAUCAGGGGCGCACCAGGGACACAGAUUGGUAUUCGAUCACAGAUUAUGAAUGGCCCACUAUGUGCUCUGGUUUCGAAGAAUGGCUAAGCAGUGAAAAUAUUGUUGAAGGUAAGCAGAUAAAGGGUUUGCGUGAUAUUAGGGAAACCCUUGCGAAAAUGAGGGAAAAGAAGUUGUGA